AUGAGCUCUCUCCGGGCUCUUUUGCCGGUGAUCGGCUCCUUUACCGCGUUUCUACUGGGUAUUCUGUGUCUGUUCGCGGGUAGUCAACGCCAGUUCCUACCGCAGGGCAACCUUCUCACACUCUACACCAACGGUACCGGCGGCGCUGGAGCUCCCGACUUCUUCGCCAUCUACCCGAUGUCCUACUGCGUCGGGUACCAGGAAACCUGCGUCAUCGACGAGAAGACCAACAGCACCACCAUCCAGGACCGCAUCACCGAGUGCUCGGACCGCAGCGUCCUGUUCGAGUUCAACCCCGGCGACGCGAUCCAGAAAGCGCUGGACAACCCGGCCAGCGGGCUCGAGCCCGGCAGUUGGCCCUCGUGCAUCACCAACGACUUCCACGCCCUGCAGCCCACCAACACCAGCAUGGUGCUGUUCCUGAUUUUCGGGACGGUGGCCGCGAUGAUCGCCAUCGCCCUUCGCAUCUGGACGAUCGCGUCCGCCCGCGCGACCCGGUCGAAUUGCUCCUCGUCGCCGCCGCCGCCGCGGUAUCCCGGCACGGGCACGGAGUUGGAUACCCCGCCGGGUCCGGUGGAGUUUUAUGCUUUCUUGAUCAGUGUCUUCAGCUUCGGCAUCGCGGCGACGAUCGCCAGCGUCGUCGCCAAGGAGUUUGUCGAUCUGAUCCGUGCCUCGGGCGAAGAGAAGGGGAUUUCCGCCACCGGCGGGAAUACCUUCCAGGGGAUGAUCUGGUCGGCGGUGGUGUUGCAGUUCCUGGGCACGUUGCAUGAUUACAUUGCGAUCGUGACGUAUCGGCGGGCGCAGCAGGAGGACUAUGCGACGCCGGCCUCGCCGCAGGAGUGCUCGGAGCAGAAACGGUUGGUGGACGAGGAGGAUGAUUGUUAA